AUGCUAGCUUCGCUAUUACCCAGGUCGCUGAAGAAGAGCAUCCCAUACCUGACCCUCCACGUAAACGAAAAUAUGGCGAACUCGACAUCAGAUGGAACGGCUUCCCAGGUCAACCCCAACCCAGAGCGAGCGGUUGACAGUCCCAAGGUCUGGACAACCCUCAUAACGAACACAGCCUACCUCUCAGGUCUCCUCACCCUCGAUGCUUCCCUGAAAUACGCCGGCUCGAAGUACCCGCUCGUCGCGCUGUACACCGACAGCUUCCCGUCUGAAGGCAUCGAAGCGCUCGACAGGCGGAGGAUCCCACGCAAGCGCAUCCCGUAUCUCCUACCGUCGACACAUAAAGACUUCACGAACGAUCCGCGGUUCUAUGACUGUUGGAGUAAGCUUACGCCGUUCAGUCUGAUGGAGUAUGAGCGGGUGGUACAGCUGGAUAGCGAUAUGCUGUGCUUACAGAAUAUGGACGAGCUGAUGGACAUCCCGUUGGAUUCAGUAGAGGAGAAGGGGGAAGGGAAGAGAGUGUUUGCCGCGAGCCAUGCAUGUCUGUGCAAUCCUCUCAAUAAACCGCAUUAUCCGAAAGAUUGGAUACCGAAGAACUGUGCUUUCACCGCGCAGCAUGACAAACCAGAGCAGGCGCAGGUGGAAGGCGCACCGCCGGACCUGGGAAUCACGAUGCCGAACGGAGGCUUGCAGGUCGUUGUGCCUUCCACCCCGGUGUACGAGAAGAUUGUCUCUGCGCUGUCGGACGAGAAGACAGGAAGCUACGACUUCUCUGACCAGAGUCUGCUGGGAGAUGUCUUCCACGGAAGGUGGGUGGCGCUGCCGUACAUUUACAACGCGCUCAAGACAAUGCGGUGGAAGGGUGUGCAUGAUGCGAUAUGGCGGGAUGACAGGGUGAAGAAUGUCCAUUACAUCCUGUCGCCGAAGCCGUGGGAUGAAACCGAGGAGGACAUCAAGAAGGAAGGCAGGGAUGGAGCGAAUCAGUGGUGGUGGGAUGUCAACUCAAAAAGAAAGGAGGAAGAAAGAAAGAAGGGAAUCGACGACCGGUUCUGA